AGCAAUAUCAAAUCUUAGAACUUCCCAUGUUCAACAUUAAACUUCAUCACCCUAGACCCCAAGAAAGAGGAACAUUGAACGAUGUUGUUUUGCUAAUAAAAUACAUACCGUUUCAUUAACAGAUACAAGAGCCGACGCUAGCGAAUGCAACCGCGCGUCCGUGCUACAUAGUACAGGGAUCGCCAAGACCGCCGUUUUUAGGACCCUACCCGUCUCCUUGGUAGUUUUUUCGGACUCGUUGGGGAGGCGCCUGAAAGUUGUUUCUUACCUUACAACGCUCCCAGCAUGCAUUAUGACAUGGGAUUGCUACGCCGCCGCCGAAUUUAUUACCUCGUUCCCCUCGUCUUCACCUUCAUCCUUCUCAGUCCUCCCCUAUGGCCAUCCGUAAGACAGUUCGGUGAUCACGUACGGCAGACUUUGCCGUUCGCCUACCAAUGGAAAGUCCAAGAAGAUUUCGUGCCGACCCAACACGAACUCGACUGCCUCCAUGGCAAAACCCCGAGAUUGAAUACCGGCAGCGAUGAACAAAUAGAACCGAUCCCGAAUCAUGUCCAUUUCAUAUAUGGCCUUAGCAAUCCGUAUAACAAACCUAGUGCCGGCACCUUCGACUUCCUCUGCUACUUAGCUAUACGGAGCGCAAUUGUGGGAAUGAAGGCCGAAAAGAUUUCGCUCCACUACACCUACCUCGCAGACCCGCCAUCCCCCGAACCAAAUGCGUCUCCUUUAUCAAACCCGUGGAUCCGCCAUUUAAAGGAUGAUAUUGAAUUAAUAUAUCAUUCACCGGAAGAGAUGGCCGCGCUGAAGAGUUCACCCGAUGCGACCUGGCAAGCCGCCCAUGUGUCUGAUAUUCUCCGACUGAAGCUACUUCAAGAGCAAGGCGGAAUCUAUAUGGACAUGGAUGCUUUUGGCUUCCGACCCUUUACCAAUCUCCUCAAGUCACCGCGCGAUAUAAUAUUAGGUCACGAAGGUGGAAACCGCGGAGGUCUGUGUAACGCCAUCAUGGUUGCCCGAAAAAACAGUUCUUUCAUAGCGAGGUGGCUUAGGGAAUAUAGCGGCGCGGAUCUUUCGCAGGAGUGGAACUAUCACAGUGUUGUUCUUCCCAAAGAACUUGAGUUAGAACACCCGGACGAGGUCUGCACGUUACCUCCGAAUGCUUUCUUUUGGCCGACGUGGACUUGGAGCCAUAUCGAGUUCAUGCAUGAACAGCUGAGCUCGGACGAAGCUCGCAAAUGGGCCGCUGAGAUCGACAAGAAUGGUGGUAGUCUCUACGAGGACCAGCUCGCUUACCACGCUUGGAGUCAAAUGGCUUGGGAAAGGCAUCUGAGCAAGCUGACCCCCGAGGUUGUCAGGAAACGUGACACGAGGUUCAACAUGCUUGUACGGGACUUUUUACAGAGUGACUUAGGGCGAUCGUGAUGAUACUGGUCGGAUUGGUGGAAGUAAUGUUAUAGGGUUAAGAAGCGUGAUGUUUAAUGAGUGAUUAGGGUUUUACCUGCUGUUUGUAUAAAAUUAGCAUCCUAAGGAGUUUGGCCAGUGGUGCUUUUAGAUCAUAAUACAGUUAUGUUUCUUGGAUGACCAUUCCGAA